AUACAGAUCGCAUACUGACUCUGAAAGGGGAACUGCAAACCCACCUAUCACAGGAGAUAAGGCAGGAGAUACGGGCCCUGGGGCAGAGAACUGCAGGACUGGAAACCAGAGUGGAAAGCAUGGUGGAGAACCACAACAAUGUGGUGAAUUACUCUAAAGCCCUACAGACUUACACUGAUGAAGUGGAAAACACCUUAGAAGAUCUCUCCAAUCACUCAAGAAGAAACACUUUGUGCAUCAGGAGCUUUCCUGGGAAG